AUGAAGCAGGAUGUUGUCGCCUUCCAUGAGCGUGACAAGGCUUCCGGCUUUCCCCCAAGAGAGCUCGGCGUCACCUUUCAGAAUCUUACGGUGCAGGGUGUCCGUGCCGAUGCAGCCAUUCACGAAAACGUCAUUUCUCAGUUCAACAUCCUAAAGUUGAUCAAAGAGUCUCGCCAGAAGCCGCCUAUGAGAAAGAUCCUCGACAAUGUCCAUGGAUGCGUCAAGCCGGGCGAGAUGCUCCUCGUCCUCGGCCGUCCAGGAAGUGGAUGCACAACGCUACUCAACAUGCUGGCCAACAAACGGACUGGCUAUGCCCAGGUCACGGGUGAUGUUUUGUACGGAUCAAUGAAGGCAGAGGAGGCAAAGCGAUACCGAGGCCAGAUCGUCAUAAAUACAGAGGAAGAAAUCUUCUUCCCAUCGCUGACUGUGGGGCAAACCAUGGACUUUGCGACGAGAUUAAAGGUCCCUUACAAGUUGCCCAAUGGCGUCACCAGCCAAGAACAGAUCCGUCAAGAGUCACGCAACUUUCUGCUCAAGUCCAUGGGCAUUGAGCAUACUGAAGACACCAAGGUCGGCAAUGCAUUCGUCAGGGGUGUCUCUGGUGGAGAACGAAAGCGAGUGUCCAUCAUUGAAUGCCUCGCAACCAGAGGAAGCGUCUUCUGUUGGGAUAACUCGACUCGCGGUCUGGAUGCUAGCACUGCUCUCGAAUGGGCCAAGGCUGUUCGAGCCAUGACCGACGUCCUCGGCUUAGCCUCAAUCGUCACUUUAUACCAGGCCGGCAACGGCAUCUACAACCUCUUCGACAAGGUGCUUGUUCUCGACGAGGGCAAAGAAAUUUACUACGGCCCCAUGCGCGAGGCUCGUCCGUUCAUGGAGAGCUUGGGUUUCAUCUGCGGCGACGGUGCCAAUGUGGCUGACUACCUGACCGGUGUUACCGUACCAACCGAGAGAAAAGUCCGAGAUGAGAUGAAGCUGAAAUUCCCUCGGACGGCUGCGGCCAUUCGCGACGAGUACGAGAAGACACCGAUUUUUGAACAAGCAAAAGCCGAAUACGAUUAUCCGACCACUACAGAAGCCCAGACCAAGACCAAAUUGUUCCAAGAGGGAGUGGCGCUGGAGAAAUACAAAGGACUGCCGGCAUCGAGCCCGUUCACUGUCAGCUUUGCCGUCCAGGUGCAGACUUGCAUCAAGCGACAGUACCAGAUUAUCUGGGGUGACAAGGCCACCUUCUUCAUCAAGCAAUUCUCGACCAUUGUGCAAGCUCUCAUCGCUGGCUCCCUCUUUUACAAUGCCCCCGACACGACUGCUGGGCUGUUUGUAAAGUCUGGUGCCUGUUUCUUCGCUUUGCUCUUCAACGCCCUGCUCUCCAUGUCGGAGGUUACCGAGUCCUUCAUGGGGCGGCCUGUUCUGAUCAAGCACAAGUCGUUUGCCUUUUUCCAUCCUGCCGCCUUCUGCAUUGCUCAAAUUGCGGCUGAUAUUCCCGUCAUCUUGGUUCAGGUCUCAGGCUUCUCUGUGAUUUUGUACUUUAUGGUUGGUUUGACAGCCACUGCAGGCCACUUCUUUACCUUUUGGGUUAUCGUUGUGGCCACUACUUUCUGUAUGACGGCCAUGUUCAGAGCCAUCGGCGCCGCGUUCCGCACAUUCGAUGGCGCUUCCAAGCUCUCCGGUCUCAUCAUCGCUGCUACAAUCAUGUACAAUGGCUACAUGAUUCAGAAGCCUCGCAUGCACCCAUGGUUCGUUUGGCUUUUCUGGAUCGACCCAAUGGCGUAUGGAUUCGAUGCCAUUCUGUCCAACGAGUUCCACGGCAAGAUCAUCCCCUGCGUUGGUACCAACAUUGUCCCCAACGGCCCAGGCUUUACCGAUCCCGGUUCGCAGGCUUGCGCUGGCGUGGGCGGCGCAGUGCCGGGGCAGACCUACGUCGAUGGUGACCUGUAUCUGGAAUCGCUCUCCUACAGCCACUCCCACGUCUGGCGAAACUUUGGCAUCAUCUGGGCAUGGUGGGUUCUGUUUGUGGCCAUCACUGUCUUCUUCACGACCAAGUGGAAGAGCUCUUCGGAAAGCGGACCCAGUUUGGUUAUUCCUCGAGAGCGAUCCAAGCUCGUUCCUGCUCUACGCCAGGCUGACGUAGAAGGCCAAGUUUCGGAAAAGGAGGGCAACAAUGUCAACAACCAGUCUGACAGCAACUCUUCCGACGACACCGCCGUGGCAGUUCAGGGCAAUCUUAUCCGUAACUCCUCAGUCUUUACCUGGAAGAAUCUGUCCUAUACGGUCAAGACUCCACAUGGUGAUCGUCUUCUCUUGGACAAUGUUCAAGGUUGGGUUAAGCCUGGAAACCUGACGGCUUUGAUGGGUUCUUCUGGCGCUGGAAAGACUACUCUGCUUGAUGUGCUCGCCCAGCGAAAGACUGAAGGCACCAUCCGAGGCUCCAUCCUGGUUGACGGUCGACCGCUGCCAGUCUCCUUCCAGAGGUCUGCGGGGUACUGCGAGCAGCUUGACGUGCACGAAGCUUUCGCUACCGUGCGCGAGGCUCUCGAGUUCUCGGCACUCCUCCGACAAAGCCGCGACACGCCGCGCGAAGAGAAGCUGGCUUAUGUCAACACGAUUAUCGACCUCUUGGAACUGCAUGACAUUGCUGACACGUUGAUUGGUGAAGUCGGUGCCGGCUUGAGCGUUGAGCAGCGCAAACGUGUCACGAUUGGUGUCGAGCUCGUCUCCAAGCCUAGCAUCCUGAUCUUCCUUGACGAGCCCACUUCUGGUUUGGACGGUCAGUCCGCCUUCCACACCGUUCGUUUCUUGCGGAAGCUGGCUGCCGUUGGCCAAGCUGUGCUGGUUACGAUUCACCAGCCUUCUGCCCAGUUGUUCGCCCAAUUCGAUACCCUUUUGUUGCUCGCCAAGGGCGGCAAGACUGUCUACUUUGGAGAGAUCGGUGAUCAAGCAAAAGUUGUCAGGGAAUACUUUGCUCGCUACGAUGCCCCAUGCCCCGUCGAUGUCAACCCUGCUGAGCACAUGAUCGAUGUCGUGUCUGGACAGCUCUCUCAAGGCAAGGACUGGAACGAGGUCUGGCUGUCAUCGCCCGAGUAUGCCAACAUGACCAAGGAACUUGACCAGAUCAUCAGCGAGGCUGCGGCGAAGCCUCCCGGCACGGUGGACGAUGGCCACGAAUUCGCCACGUCUCUGUGGGAGCAGACCAAGCUUGUUACUCAGCGCAUGAACGUCAGCCUGUUUCGCAACGCCGACUACGUCAACAACAAGUUUGCGCUGCACAUCUUCUCUGCUCUCUUUAACGGUUUCAGUUUCUGGAUGAUCAAGGACUCCGUCGGCGACCUUCAGCUGAAGCUCUUCACCAUCUUCAACUUCAUCUUCGUUGCCCCCGGUGUUCUUGCCCAGCUGCAGCCCGUCUUCAUUCACCGCCGAGACAUUUUCGAGACGCGAGAGAAGAAGUCCAAGAUGUACUCAUGGAUCGCCUUUGUGACAGCGCUUAUCGUCUCGGAGAUCCCGUACCUCAUCAUCUGUGCCGUUCUCUACUUUGUGUGCUGGUACUACACCGUGGGCUUCCCGACCGACUCCCAUCGGGCUGGCGCGACCUUCUUCGUCAUGCUCAUGUACGAGUUCCUCUACACCGGAAUGGGUCAGUUUAUUGCCGCAUACGCCCCGAACGAGGUUUUCGCCGUGUUGGCCAACCCUCUCGUGCUUGGAACACUCGUGUCUUUCUGCGGUGUGUUGGUCCCUUAUGCGCAGAUCCAAGCAUUCUGGCGAUACUGGAUCUACUGGCUGAACCCUUUCAACUACCUCAUGGGUAGCAUGUUGGUCUUUGACCUUUGGGGUCAGGAGAUCAAGUGCGCUCCUCAUGAGUUUGCUACCUUCAACCCUCCCAAUGGCACGACCUGCGGUGAUUAUCUUGAGAGUUACCUUGCGGCAGGACCCGGCGCAGUGGCCAAUCUGAUCAACCCCGAUGCCACGGCCAAUUGCCAAGUCUGCUCUUUCAGCAAAGGCGAGGACUAUCUUCGGACUCUGAACCUGAAGGAGUACUACUACGGCUGGCGGGACGCUGCUAUUGUUGUGCUCAUGGUGUUCAGCUCAUACUCUCUGGUGUACUUGCUCAUGAAGCUCCGCACCAAGAUGUCAAAGAAGGCCGAGUAA